UUAAAUAUCUUGCACCAAAACCCAUUAAGCACGUACUAGCUAUGGCUUCUCUCUCCCUUGCUCACCCGUUGGUGAUCACCAGUAAUCCUUCUGCUCCAACUAGUCGAAUCCCAUUUCCCACUAAACGCAGUCAAGUUGUCUUGGUACGUAGACUUGCAUGCAAAGCCAGUGCCACUCCAUCCGAGGGUAGUGCUAGUACUACUGAUCAUGCCAACCAAAAAAACCCUAGAAAACUUGACAGGAGAGACAUGCUGAUAGGCCUCGGAGGACUCUACGGCGUUGCUGGCCUGGCCUCAGACCCGUUCGCUAGCGCAACCCCAGUGGCGGCACCGGACCUAUCGACAUGCCACGCGCUAAAGGAUCCACCUGAACAACCACCCCUGAAUCCGUCGGAUGUAAAAUGUUGCCCACCAUACAGCACCGAUAUUAUUGACUUCAAACCAGCUCGAUCAUUUACUAAAUUACGAAUUCGGCCCGCAGCCCAAACUCUCGACCCUGAGGGCAUUGCCAAGUACAAGAAAGCCGUAGAGCUAAUGAGAGCUCUUCCUGAGGAUGACCCGAGAAGCUUCGUUCAACAAGCCAAAGUACAUUGUGCGUACUGCAACGGCGCGUAUGACCAAGUUGGGUUUCCGAGCCAGUACCUUCAAGUCCACAACUCAUGGCUCUUCUUUCCUUUCCACCGUUGGUACUUGUACUUUUACGAGAAGAUCUUGGGAAAUCUCAUCAACGAUCCCACUUUCGCCUUACCAUUUUGGAACUGGGACAGCCCAUCUGGCUACCAGAUGCCGUCCAUAUAUGUCGAUCCUACCUCGUCGCUUUACGACGAGUACCGAAACCAAAGUCACUUGCCGCCAACCAUAGUCGAUCUUGACUACACAGCAAAAGAACUUACAACCCCCGCGCCUGCCGUGACUGAUGCGGAACAGACAGCAACAAAUCUCAAAGUCAUGUACCGCCAGAUGGUCUCCGGUGCCAAAAAUGCAUCUCUCUUUUUUGGCAAACCUUAUAAGACUGGUGACUCCCCAAACCCGGGAGCAGGUUGCAUCGAGAACAUUCCCCACACUCCGAUCCAUAUAUGGACUGGCGACACGAGACGGGAUAAUGGGGAGGACAUGGGAAACUUCUACUCUGCUGGGCGAGAUCCCUUGUUUUACAGCCACCAUGCUAACGUUGACCGAAUGUGGAACAUCUGGAAAUCUCUUCCGGGCGCCAAAAGAGUGGAUAUAAGCGACCCAGAUUAUCUCAACUCCACGUUCUUGUUCUAUGAUGAGAAUGCUCAGUUGGUUCGUGUUAGGGUUGGCGACUCACUCGACAGUAGAAAAUUAGGGUACGUUUACGAAGAUGUUGAUCUUCCCUGGCUAAAGUCCAAGCCUAGGCCAGUCAAGUCAAAGAUCGUCAAAAUUUUGAAGAAACUCGGAGUGGCUCGUGCCGCCGACACUAAUAUAACGCCGCUCAGUCAGUUCCCGAUAACGUUGGAUAAGACGAUAACGACCGUGGUGGCGAGGCCAAAGAAGUCGAGAAGCAAGCUUGAGAAGGAAGACGAAGAAGAGGUUUUGGUGAUUCAAGGGAUUGACUAUGCCAAUGAUGUGCCGGUGAAGUUCGACGUCUACAUUAACGACGAGGACGACGAUGCCAUUACUGGGCCUGACAAGUCAGAGUUUGCGGGAAGCUUCGCUACUGUGCCACAUUCGACUACCUCUGUUACAAACAUCAAGACGGAGCUGAAUUUGGGAAUAUCGGAUCUUUUGGAGGAUAUCGGUGCUGAUGACGAUGACAAGGUGAAAGUGACUAUAGUUCCGAAGAGUGGUAAGGGGAAAGUUAAGAUUGAUGGCAUCAAGAUUGAUUUUAUCUCUUGAAUCCAUAUUAAUGUUGAACUCAAUUAUAUAUAUGUGUUGGUGCAUGGUGUGUAACGUUUCUGUGCUCAUGUUUUCCUUUUAUGUAUUUAGCUCUAUAGAUCGAGCUAAUAAAUAAGCUUGCUAAAUGUGAUAUUAUGGUUCAGUUUGUAUGUUCUAUGGAUUUUUAAAUAAUUCAAGUCCAGGCACCUGUUUGUCCGAAU